AUUGGUGGGUGGGAGUUAUCCUCCGGCUUGAAAUAGGGAAGUUUGUCACAUCGCCGGUGUCGGCUUCUGGAUUGUGAAGUGUUUCGUGGUGCUGAUUGAGCUCUUUCUCUGGCAUCAUGGUCGAGCAGUUUGUUGGAAAGUGGACUCUAGUUUCCAGCGACAACUUCGAUGAAUAUAUGAAGGCAGUCGGUAUGAGCUUUGCCACUCGCCAGAUGGGGAACCUGUCAAAGCCCAACCUGAUCAUCACUGUGGGGGAUGACGGGGUUAUUUCAAUAAAGGCUGAGAGCACUUUGAAGACGACCGCGGUCCAGUUCAAGCUGAAUGAAGAGUUUGAUGAGACGACGGCAGACGGUCGCAAGGCGAGGUCCAUCUUCACCUUUGAGAAUGGAAAACUUAUGCAGAAACAAUCCUGGGAAGGAAAGACUACCACCCUGGAGAGGGAGGUUCAAGAUGGAAAACUUACGGCUAAAUGUAUCAUGGCUGAUGUUGUUGCAGUUAGGACCUAUGAAAAGGCAGAAUAACCUCCCUGUGAUGAACCAGAUGCUAAUGGAUUGAGGGUUUUGAAGCUCUAAAUAAAACCUGUGAUGCUA